AUGCUCUUUCUCUCUGUAUCGAAAAUCUAGGGUUUUUCCAUUUCCUGCGAUCUUCAAUUGGUGCUAGGGUUAGGUUUGUUGUUCGAAACGAUGUCGCUCAGGCCCAAUGCUAGGACAGAGGUUCGCCGCAACCGCUACAAGGUGGCCGUCGACGCCGACGAGGGUCGCCGGAGGAGGGAGGACAACAUGGUCGAGAUCCGCAAGAACAAGCGCGAAGAGAGUCUCCAGAAGAAGCGCCGUGAGGGACUCCAAGCUCAGCAGCAGUUCUCCACUCCUCUUCUGGCCUCCUCCAUUGUCGAGAAAAAGUUAGAGAGUCUUCCCGCGAUGGUUUCUGGGGUCUGGUCUGAUGAUAAUAGCCAGCAACUGGAAGCAACUACUCAAUUUCGGAAGUUGCUUUCGAUUGAGCGGAGCCCUCCGAUUGAAGAAGUUAUUCAAUCCGGCGUUGUGCCUCGUUUUGUUGAGUUUCUUGUUAGGGAGGAUUUCCCUCAACUUCAGUUUGAGGCUGCAUGGGCUCUCACAAACAUAGCUUCUGGAACUUCCGAGAACACUAAGGUGGUAAUUGAUCACGGGGCAGUCCCUAUAUUUGUCAAGCUACUCAGUUCACCUAGUGAUGAUGUUCGGGAGCAGGCUGUGUGGGCAUUGGGUAACGUUGCUGGUGACUCCCCUAGGUGCCGUGAUCUUGUUCUCAGCCAUGGUGCCCUGAUUCCACUGCUGGCCCAGUUGAAUGAGCAUGCAAAACUUUCCAUGCUGAGAAAUGCCACAUGGACCUUGUCCAACUUUUGCAGGGGGAAGCCACAGCCUCCAUUUGAACAGGUGAGGCCAGCACUUCCAGCUCUUGAGCGUUUGGUUUUUUCCAAUGAUGAAGAGGUCCUGACAGACGCAUGCUGGGCACUAUCAUAUCUUUCUGAUGGAACAAAUGACAAAAUCCAAGCAGUUAUUGAGGCAGGUGUAUGUGCCAGACUGGUGCAGCUCCUAUUGCACCCAUCUCCUUCAGUGUUGAUUCCUGCUCUUCGCACUGUGGGAAAUAUUGUGACCGGAGAUGAUAUGCAGACUCAGGCUAUCAUCAAUCAUGGUGCACUCCCGUGCCUUUUGAGCUUGUUGACACACAACCAUAAAAAAAGCAUAAAAAAGGAAGCCUGCUGGACUAUAUCAAACAUUACAGCUGGAAACAGAGAACAGAUACAGGGUGUUAUUGAAGCUGGUCUGAUUGCUCCCCUUGUCAAUCUUCUUCAAAAUGCCGAGUUUGACAUUAAAAAAGAAGCGGCAUGGGCAAUCUCCAAUGCUACAUCUGGUGGUACGCAUGACCAGAUCAAGUAUUUGGUGAACCAGGGUUGCAUUAAGCCUCUCUGUGAUCUGCUUGUUUGUCCCGACCCAAGAAUUGUCACCGUCUGCUUAGAAGGACUAGAGAAUAUUCUGAAGGUUGGGGAAGCCGAGAAGAGCUUGGGUAACACUGGAGAUGUCAACUUAUAUGCUCAGAUGAUUGAUGAUGCUGAGGGAUUGGAGAAAAUUGAAAACCUGCAGAGUCAUGACAACAAUGAAAUAUAUGAGAAGGCUGUUAAAAUUCUUGAGACAUACUGGUUGGAAGACGAAGAUGAGACACUACCUUCAGUCGAUGGUGCUCAACCUGGUUUUAAUUUUGGAAGCAACGAGCUUCCGGUGGUCCCAUCCGGUGGAUUCAACUUCAGUUGAAGACCUUUUGUUGAGUGGGAACUUGGUUGGAUGGAGCAGGGGUUGAUGCUAGGGUGACUGUUGGAGUCGAGUCCGGGUCGGGUCGGGUCGGGGUGGGUGGGCUGAGGGGUUCGGUCCUUGCACUUCAUGUUGUCUGGUUUCAGUCUGGUCUUGUGUCCGUGGUUAAUGAUGUGCAGGGGUGGGUCAGUUUAAAACUACCAUGUCCAAAUAAGAAGGGGUUGGUGGGUUCAACAGCUGCAUAAUGACAUUGUCGGCAGUGUAUGUUGUAUUAGAAGUAUAUAUGCUGGGGAGAAACAUUGAGGAGGUUCUUUGUUUUAGGAGCAAGGACCCGUGUUAUGUGGCAAUGGGAGGGUUUUAUUUAAUGCGGCUGAGUCCUAUUUUUUAUUGAGUCGUAGUUCUAUUGGUAAUUCAUACCGAGUCAGUAUUCGAUUUGAGUGAAUAGAGUAUUCAGAAACCAAUUUUAUGGUGUAUUCCAAUGAAAGAAUUAGCGCUAUUUUGUGCUUGCAUAUCUCCUUGGUUAUUA